GGGCAGUUUGGAUCUGCAGGAGCACAGCUUCCCUCCAGAUGUCAGCCGUACGAUGUCCCCGGCGGCAGAAAGACUGCGCUACAUCUUGGGCGAGGAAGACGAUAUUCCCACUCCCACCCUCUUCACCGAGAUGGACACACUGCAGCACGAGGGUGAUGAGUUGGAAUGGAAGGAGUCUGCCAGGUGGGUGAAGUUUGAGGAGAAGGUGGAGGAGGGUGGGGAGAGGUGGAGCAAGCCCCACGUGUCCACGCUGUCCCUGCACAGCCUGUUCGAGCUGCGCACGUGUCUGCAGGCAGGCACCGUGCUGCUGGACCUGGACGGAUACUCCCUGCCCCAGAUUGUGGACGACAUCAUCGAGCGGCAGUUGGAAGAGGGCCUGAUAAGCCCUGAACUGAGAGAGAGGAUCGCCUUUGUUCUGCUCAGAAAGCACCGGCACCAGACCAAGAAGCCCAUCCACCGUUCCCUGGCCGAUAUCGGCAAGACGACCUCCACGAGUGACCGCAGCCCGAGCCGCAGCCCCAGCGCAGGGCCUGCCUACAAUCGCUCCACUGAGGACCUGCGUAUGAAGCAGGGGAGCAGCUACGGGCGUCUGCGUCACGCUCAGAGUCGCAGCAUGAAUGACAUCGCAGACACACCCAGCACUGACCAGCUCAAGAAUAAGUUCAUGAAGAAGAUCCCGCGGGAUGCGGAAGCCUCCAACGUGCUGGUGGGGGAGGUGGACUUCCUGGAGAAGCCCUUUGUGGCCUUUGUGCGCCUAGCUCAGGCCACUACGCUGGGGGGCCUGACUGAGGUCCCCGUUCCCACCAGGUUCUUGUUUAUACUACUAGGCCCUCCUGGCAAAGCCAAGUCUUACAACGAGAUCGGCCGUGCCAUCGCCACUCUCAUGGUGGAUGACCUCUUCAGCGAUGUGGCCUACAAGGCCCGGGAUCGCGAGGAUCUGAUUGCUGGUAUUGACGAGUUCCUGGAUGAGGUUAUUGUGUUACCCCCUGGAGAGUGGGACCCCAAAAUCCGCAUCGAGCCCCCCAAAAAACUGCCCUCAGCAGACAAGAGGAAGUCAGUGUACUCUUUAAAUGAGCUGGGCCAGAUGAAUGGGACAGUAGGAGGAGCCAGUGCUGUCAGUGAGGAUGAAGAAAUGCCUGCUGCACAUGAACUGGGAGAGGAGCUGAUGUUUACUGGGAGAUUUUGUGGUGGUCUUCUGCUGGACAUCAAGCGAAAGCUGCCCUGGCUGGCCAGUGACUUCUAUGAGGGCUUCCACAUCCAGUCAAUUUCAGCAGUUCUCUUCAUCUAUCUGGGUUGUAUCACCAAUGCCAUCACCUUUGGCGGCUUGCUGGGGGAUGCCACUGACAACUACCAGGGUGUGAUGGAGAGCUUUCUUGGAACGUCCCUGGCUGGGACAGUGUUCUGCCUCUUUAGUGGCCAGCCACUCAUCAUUCUCAGCUCUACAGGACCCAUCCUCAUCUUUGAGAAACUCCUUUUUGAAUUCAGCAAGAGCAACAGCAUUGAUUACAUGGAACUGCGUUUGUGGAUUGGGAUCCACUCCUGUCUCCAGUGCUUUCUGCUGGUCGCCACGGACGCCAGCUACAUCAUCAAGUACAUCACCCGUUUCACCGAGGAAGGCUUCUCUAGCCUCAUCUCCUUCAUCUUCAUCUCUGACGCCAUCAAGAAGAUGGUGGGCUCCUUCAAAUACUACCCCAUAAACACAGACUUCAAACCUGACUAUGUCACCACGUACAGAUGCGAAUGCCUGGCCCCUGACCAAGUGGCAUGGAUGAUGUUCAAUGUUUUAGCGCUGCUAGCCCCAGACAACAGCACUAAUCUCUCUUUGCUCAAUAUGACAGCACUGGACUGGAGUCAACUGAGCAAGAAGGAGUGCCUCAAGUACGGGGGUACCCUGGUGGGCAAGUCCUGCAAGUUUGUCCCUGACCUGGCACUCAUGUCCUUCAUACUCUUCUUUGGCACCUACUCCAUGACAGUCUCACUGAAGAAGUUCAAGUUCAGCCGUUACUUCCCCACAAAGCUUCGGAAGCUCAUCAGCGAUUUUGCCAUCUUCAUGUCAAUCCUGACAUUUGUUGGCCUUGAUAUGCUGAUGGGCCUCAAAACUCCAAAACUUAUUGUUCCGACAGAGUUUAAGCCAACCCGUCCUGAUCGUGGCUGGAUGGUGAUGCCAUUUGGGAAGAACCCCUGGUGGAUGUAUCUGGCCAGCUCUGUCCCUGCCCUUCUUGUCACUAUUCUCAUCUUCAUGGACCAGCAGAUAAGUGCUGUCAUCGUCAACCGCAAGGAAAACAAGUUAAAGAAAGGAUGCGGGUACCACCUGGACCUCUUCUGGGUGGGCGUUCUGAUGGCAGCCUGCUCCUUCGUGGGGCUGCCAUGGUAUGUGGCAGCCACUGUCAUCUCCAUCGCCCACAUCGACUCUCUGAAGAUGGAAAGCGAGAGCAGCGCACCUGGGGAGCAGCCACAGUUCCUGGGAGUACGGGAGCAGAGAUUGACGGGGAUCCUGGUAUUUGUGCUCACUGGCGUCUCCAUCUUCCUUGCUCCCGUACUGCAGUUCAUCCCUAUGCCAGUGCUGUACGGUGUAUUUCUCUACAUGGGUGUAGCUUCUCUCAGCGGCAUCCAGUUCUGGGAAAGGAUCAAGCUGUACCUGAUGCCCCCCAAGCAUCAACCUGACCUAUCAUUCCUACGCCAUGUUCCCUUGCGUCGGGUACACCUCUUCACCUUGGUGCAGAUAAUCUGCCUGGCUGUGCUCUGGAUCCUGAAGUCCACCGUGUUGGCCAUAAUUUUCCCAGUCAUGAUUUUGGGGCUGAUGGUGGUGCGGAAGAUGCUGGAUAUGGUAUUCUCUCAGCAUGACCUAGCCUGGCUCGAUGACCUUCUGCCUGAAAAGGAGAAGAAGGUGGAUGAGAAGAAGAAGAAAGACAAGAAGAAACAAAGAGGAGAAGACGACAGUGAAGACGAAGAGAAGUACCAUCCUUAUUCCAACUGCUCCCCUUCUGGGUCAGAUCUGGACCGCAGCAUUACCCUGCACCUGAAGAUCUCGUGCCCUCCAUCACCCGCUGGGCCCCUGGCUCGAGGCAUGACCUGCGCCGUCCCCCAGGUCAAGAUUGAGAUGGAAUCGGACUACGAAGACACUGACGCCGACCACCGCCAUCGGGACAUGAGCAGUGAGACCACACUGUAGAUGAUGGCCACUGUGAGGAAGUGCUGGAGAGAAAACAUACGUGCGCAUAGUGUGGGUGCUAACAGAGCUCCCA